AUGUGGGACCGGCUGCGGGGCAGUCGGGCGGCUGGCGGCGGCCGGAGCGCGGCCGCGAUGGCGCAGCGCGGGGCGGAGGGCGGCGAGCGGGGGCCGGCGGAGGAGGGAGGGGAGGGAGAGCCCCGGGCCGGGGCCGAGCGGGGGCCGAGCGGGGCCGCCGCGCCCUUCCAGCCUCCCGAGGGCGGCUUCGGCUGGGUCGUGGUCUUCGCCGCCGCCUGGUGCAAUGGCUCCAUCUUCGGCAUCCACAACUCCUUCGGGAUCAUCUACACCAUGCUGCAGAGCGACCUGGGCGAGGGCAAGAAGGACCCCACGCUGGAGUUUAAAACAGCGUGGGUUGGCUCCUUGGCCAUGGGCAUGAUUUUCUUCUGCUCUCCCAUUGUGAGCAUCUUCACUGACCGCAUCGGCUGCAGGACCACAGCAGCCUUGGGAGCUGCCAUCGCCUUCAUCGGGCUCCUCUCCAGCUCCUUCACCAAGUCUCUGGAAGUUCGCUAUUUCACAUAUGGCAUCCUCUUUGGCUGUGGCAGCUCCUUUGCCUUUCAGCCCUCGCUGGUCAUCCUUGGUCACUACUUCAAGCGUCGCCUUGGCCUGGCCAAUGGCAUCGUGGCCGGCAGCAGCUGCCUCAUCUCUGUGCCGCUGCCCUUCUUCCUGAAGAUGGUGGGAAAGGCCAUCGGGCUGGCGCACACAUUCCAAGUGCUCAGUGCCUUAAUGCUCAUCCAGAUCUUCUUGUCGCUGACUUAUCGGCCCCUCCUGCCACCCUCCUGUGACUCUCAGCACGAUGGGCAGGACAAACUGGGCAGCCGGAGUGUGCGGCAGCAGUGCUGGGCCCAGAUGCGCAAGUAUUUCAACUUGAGGGUUUUCCGGAGAAAGACCUAUCGAAUUUGGGCCUUUGGGAUUGCUACAGCUGUCCUGGGGUAUUUUGUACCAUACAUGCACCUGGUGAAAUAUGUGGAGAAGGAAUUUAAAGAAACCAAAAAAGACUGGAUUCUCCCAGUCUGUCUUGGAGGCAUGUCUGGGCUGGGGCGCUUGAUUUCGGGUCGCAUUGGGGACUGCAUACCUGGGCUGAAGAAGAUUUACCUGCAGGUUGCGUCCUUUGUUCUGUUUGGCAUCAUGUGCAUGAUGAUCCCACAGUGCCGAGGGUUUGAGGGCGUCAUCGUCAUCUGCCUCUUCCUCGGCCUUUGCGAUGGCUGCUUCACCACCAUUAUGGCCCCCAUUGCCUUUGAGCUGGUGGGGCCCAUGCAAGCAUCCCAGGCCAUAGGGUACCUGAUGGGGCUGAUGGCUGUGCCCAUGACUGCAGGCACGCCAAUUGCAGGAUACUUCAACGAUUAUUUUCAGAAUUACCAUGCGGGUUUUUACUUCGCCGGAGUGCCUCCCAUCAUCGGUAGCUUGGUGCUCUCCGUCGUCCCGCUGGUGCACCAGAGGAUGCUGCAGAAGCAGCGCCUGGAUUCUGGCAAGGACAAGAUGCUGACCCCUGAGGCAGUGGUGAAUGGAGAGCUGCUGCCGGGCUGCCCUGCCUCCGAAGCACAUAUGUGAUGUGCCAAGUGCACAGUUGCCACCAGCAUCCUCCACAGCCCAAGCACAGGCCCUUUUCUAGCCAGACUGUAAUUCUCAAUGAUUUCAGAUGCACUACAUUUGUAAAGGACAAGAAAUAGUUCUUCUAGUUGAAGGCUUUUUAACUAGCAGAAACACUUCUUCUUGGGACAGUUUCAAUUUUCAAGCCGCCUUUUUUUUCCUCUAACCAUUUUUCUAAGGAGAAUUCUCAUCAGGAUUCAAACUUGAUUAUCUCCCCAGUUUUCUAAAUGUCACAACAGAGGUUUACAGAUAAUAAAUGUGCUUUUAAAGGAGGUCAUAGGCGGAGCUUGUUGUCCCUUCCAGAUGCCCUGUCCCCUCCGGUGUGCCAUGUCCGGGCAGCACAGUCCCUUCCACAGGGGAAGCAGCUUUGGAGGAGGAAUGGGCAGCGGGACCUGCUUUGAGCUGUUUCUCUCCUUUUACUUUACUUUUACUGCAUUUACUCAUGGGGUUGAUGAAAGUAUCCUGCAAAAUCUACCUUAAAAACAUAGGGGGAGACAGGCAAAUUUCUGGGCACCUCUCACUUACAUGUUUGGUGCCUGAAGACUGUGAAGCCCUGAGCAGUGAAACCCACAGGUAGGAUGGAUGCAGGAGGCAUGGGAAUCAGGAAUAGCUCAGGAGAGGGCAAGGACUGAAGGUGGCUUCCAUCCUGCCUGUGGAACUGUCAUCCAUUGGAUUUUCCUCCCUGCUGUUAGAAACAGGAGCCUUGUAAAUAGCUCUGCAUCCUGCAUGUCCCUCUGGCCCUUUUGUUUUUUAAUUCGCAUUGGCUACUGCAUUGUAAGGUCUCGUGGUCUGUGCUUCUGUUCCUUUUGUUCUUGUACAAGCUGAAGAAUAUACUGGUGUGUAAUGA